AGUGCCUUGGGCAGCGACAACAUUGUGAGCCAUGCGGUGCGCUACGUUGCUGGCGCUCCUCGCAACGCUGCAGUGGAUCGCGUCGGCCGCACUGCUAGGCGGCUACUCCCAAGACGACCCGUGGCUGGAGGCCGGCCCCAGCAUCGAACCGGCCAGCGAGAAACUCCAGUGGCUCGCCUCACCGCCUCCGUCGUCCGACUACUACCGGUGGCACGACGACCUCAUGCGUCGUUCCCGGCGGCUGAAUGGCGGCGGUGUCCGCUACACGGCGGCCGAACUGGUGGAGAUGCUGCGCAGGCAGGCCGCGUCUAGGAAGCUGCGCCAAGUGCGGGUCUCCAACAAGGGCAUCCGCUUCGGCAUCAGCAAGAGGCUCUUCUAGAGCGGACUCCCCCGAUCAUCACGAUCUGCCGAACCACCCGGAUACCGAACGCUACCCGCACAGCCGGGCUUGCAUUGGCUCGUACUGACUUGCCUUGGCUGGCCUCGGCUUCCCUUGACUUGUAUUGGCUCCUCUUCACUCGCCUCGGUUCGUCUUGGCUGCCUGCUUCAGCUUCCAAUGGCUUGUCUUGGUUCGCUUUGGCUUGCCUCGGCUUUCCUUGACUUGCCUAGGCUUCCGUUAGCUAGUCUUACCUUGCCUCGGCUUGCCUUGGCUUGGCUCGGAUCGCCCUCGCUUGACUCGGCUUGUUUGGGCUUGUCCCAGCUUGCCUCGUCUUGUCUCGGCUUGCCUCGUCUUCCUUGGCUUGCCUCGGCCGAGUGAGUUAGCGUUUUACCCGGGAUCAUGGCGAUUCCCCUUUCUGUGCCCACCGAUCGAUUUGUCCCUUCGCGCGUGCUGGUCGCGCGCACGAGACGCGGUUGGGGACCGUUCUCUUUCUUGGAAAUGUGCUUCGUCCUUACCUGUGUGUCACUGUAUGUUCCAUCGCUCGUUCCGUAAGCACGGAGGCCUGCACGCCUUCGCUGUGAGAGCUAUUUAUUUCCAUUUGAUCACGAGGCCGCGCCAGAGCGGUGCACAUAUCAUCGUCGCGAAAGGUCCUUUGUGGAUUCUGUUCCCCAAUACCUCUUGGCCUGGCACGGGGCUGAACACGGUCGUGGAUGCACAUCCGUGAGCUCCACAAAGUCCGUCAAAUUGGGACGGAAGAGUCGAUAUAUUAAAGCCAAUUGCCA